AUGUCAACCACCAAGAAGCAACAGUUAAGUAUGGCAGCUAGUGCGAUAGCUUUGCGAGGCGUGCAGCUGUUCCUGACAGCGGGGCGCGUAGCAGCUGACAGGCGAGCUCCGCCCGCACCUCCCGCGCCGCGCCGCAAGCCCCGCCUGAAGCCAGUGCUGCCCACGCAUAAAAUGCAGCAAAAAACGCUGGAACAGUUACUCAAGAAUACUAGGUUUACUAAUCUUAAAUCAACAGUUGUACGCAGUGAGGUCGCGACGAUAGACGCUUACGUUUUAGCCCUAUACGCGAUGCCGCACAGAAAACUCAAGGAGAAAACUCUUGAAUCCUUGUAUAAAAGCACACAUUUUAAUAAGAAUGAACUGGAGGCAUUAUAUUCGAUGUACAGAAAGCUGGUGACCAGCGCUCAAUCAAUGGUUCCGAAUUCGGUCAUCGGUCAAACUCCUACUAAGCUUGAUGGCAUAGACCAAUGUACAUUCAGAGAUGUGAUGCACAGUACAUUUGAUUUGGUGACCGAGGAGGCAGUGCUGGAACGAGUGUGGGCGACGUGGGAGCGCGGUGUGGGCGGAGGUGAAGGCGCUAUUAAAUUCGAACCAUGGGCACGAGGGCUCAGUAAAUUGCUCAAAGGAACAGAUGAAGAGAGACGUAUUCAUUGCUUCUCUGUCUACGAUCUUAAUGGAGAUGGUUAUAUAACUAGAGAUGAGAUGUUUGUACUUUUAAAGAACUCCUUAUUGAAGCAGCCAGGAGAUGAGGAUCCAGAUGAAGGAGUGAGAGACCUGGUGGAGCUGGUACUAAAGAAAUUAGAUGUAGACAAAGAUGGUAAAGUCUCUUUAGACGACUACAGAGAGGCUGUGUCACAGGAACCUCUUUUGUUAGAAGCAUUCGGUCAAUGUCUACCUUCGAAAAGACAGGCUAUGGCAUUUAUCAAAAAUUUAAACAACAAAUAAAAUAGUGAAAAUGUAAAAUAAUACAAACGUAUAAUAUAAAAAUAUUUUACUACAAAAAUGUAAAAUUGAUCUAAACAUUCA